GUGAAUUUACCAGUUCAGAUAAACAGCAUGCUAAAUGUUCAUCCUGCACUGUGAGCAUUAAUCUGCAGUCAGUAUGAUGGAUUAUUCUUUGAAACCUAAGGCCUAAAAUCUCAGACAAAAAAGACUAUAAAUAUUUUGAUAUGGAUUAAUAUAUGAGCUCAAACAAUCAAGCCUUAGAAAAAGAAUAUUUCUUUUAAUGUAAGUACAUUCAAAUAAUUUGGAGCUAUUUCAGAGUGGGAAGACAAUGGCCAACUUUUUUUCUUCAUUAUCUUCCAUUUUCAAGCAAAAAACAUUACAGUCACAGACACAUCUCCUGAAUAUUGACAGCUUAAACAAGGUGAAGAACAAAUGGGAGAAUUUAGGAAUGGAUGAGGGGAUGGGAAAAUGUUUCGAAGAAGUAAUGAAAAACUUUCCAAAUGAGCCUUCAUGGGUAAUGAAAAAUGCUCAGAUGGUUCUCAAGGGGGAUGAUGGGAAAGUGAUCUCUUUUGCUUCAGGAAACAAAGAAUGGAAAAUUAAUGUUUCUGCUGGAGAUUACAAGUACCAUGUGAAAGCUCCAUCAAAAUCUGCAUAUUUGGCCAGAUUACGCUCUCGGCAGCAACCCCUUAGCAUUGGAUAUUUGAAAAAAGUGCAAAAAGACUUGAAGAAAUUGGGGUCACUGACUCUGGCUGAGAAGAGUUGCUUUAACAUGGUCUUCCAAAGGUUCUCUACGAAAUCGCUUCAAAUACAAAAUAAUGCCCAGAUAAAAUUCAACUUUGACAUGGAUGGAGAAAAUGUGGAAUAUGUAUUCCUCUCAGGGAAUGGAGAUUACAAAAUGAACAUUACUUAUUCCAAUGGGCAACCUCAGUACCGUGAAUUACAUAUACGAUCAGGCAACAAACUAGAGAGUUUCUUGUGUUCCCUUCAGAUAUUGGAUGCUGAUAACUUGAGGGAAAUUCAAAGUGAAUUAGCCCAAUGGGAUUUGCUCAAUGACAACCUAAAUUCAUGUUUUAAUCACCUUGUGGAUAAAUUGCCUGAAUAUUCUAAGUUAAUUGAGGAGAAUCUCCAAAUUUAUUUCAGCUGCUAUGAGCAAAGCCUAUCUGUAAACUCCAAGUCUAAAGACUGGGAGAUCUUCGCACAGAGUAAUGAUGGAAAAGUAGAUUUUAACUUCAAAUUGCAUACUUGGAAUCUGUUUUCAAAGCAGAAUGAGGGCAAAACGCAGGAGCUCACUGUGAAAACACUGGAUGACACACGGGCACUAAUCCGAAAUCUGCGGGGAGCAUCUAAGCAUGUGCAACUAUUCAACAAAGCGCUAGAUAUAUUUCGUGAGGAAACAUCAUGUUUGCAAAAGAAUGCUUGCCUUGUCAUCGAGUGUGACCAAGGAGAGAUGGUUUUCAUCUCUGGCAAAGGGAAGAACAGAAUCGAUAUAUUCUACCAUGAAGAGGUCAUCCAUUGUAAGGUAUAUCGUACUGGGUUAGCGAAGAUACAGAUGUUCUUUCUGCGGUUAAUUACCGGUAAAUUCUUUCCAACGUUUGUUGAAAUUGCAGUCCCAAUAGCAACACGUAUGCUGCCAUUUCUUUUGUGAGGUCCUUUUCAUCGAGAUCAUUACUUGGGAUAAAGUGGUUUCAAUGAGGGUUAAAUAAAUUGUAUUGAACAG